AUGACAUCGCUGAAUAUCAUGGGAAGAAAAUUUAUUUUAGAAAAAGUCAAACGAUAUGACGAUGUUGAAGACAUAUUUGCUUCAGCCUAUGCUUCCCCGUCCUCCUCAACCGAUAUUCCCUUACCUUACUCUAAAGUAAAAGAAGAAGACUGUGAUAUUUACGAGGAAGGAGUAAAUUUAGUGAGUAAGAAUGCUAAAUAUACCUACAAGUCCCUUGGUAGGCAUUUGGAUUUUCUGAGACCAGGGUUGAGAUUUGGUGGCUCACAAUCGUCAAAGUACACAUAUUAUACGGUAGAAGUGAAGAUUGAUACCGUAAACUUGCCCCUUUAUAAAACUUCGCAUUCUUUGGACCCUCAUGUCACAGGUACAUUCACUAUUCGAAAUUUGACACCAGUUUUGGAUAAAGUUGUCACUCUUUUUGAAGGUUAUGUCAUCAAUUAUAACCAAUUUCCAUUAUGUUCGCUGCAUUGGCCCGCUGAGGAGACCCUUGACCCGUAUAUGGCACAAAGGGAAAGUGAUUGCUCUCAUUGGAAGAGGUUUGGCCACUUCGGUUCUGAUAACUGGUCCUUAGCAGAAAGAAAUUUCGGUCAGUAUAAUCAUGAAAGUGCAGAAUUUAUGAAUCAACGGUUCAUUUAUCUUAAAUGGAAGGAGAGGUUCCUACUCGAUAAUGAGGAUCAAGAAAAUCUGAUGUUGAACGAUAUCUACCAUCUGGAAGGCGCAUCAUUUGAAGGAUUUUACUACGUGUGUUUAGACCAAUUAACAGGCUCAGUGGAAGGCUACUACUAUCACCCCGCUUGUGAACUAUUUCAAAAACUCGAACUAGUUCCAACUAAUUGCGACGAUUUAAAUACCUACUCAAGUGGAUUUGAGAUUGCUUAA